AUGUUCGUUUUGUUUUUCUCUAAGUUUGAAAUACUUAUGGAUUAAGUUUCAAUUCAGAAUGAUAUUCAUGGUAAAGUACUUUAUUAAUUUAGAGUUAUUAUUGUAUGAGAAUAUUCUUACAACUAUAAUUUGUUUGUUAAUGGGAAAAAGAAAUCAUACAUCGAAAGAUACUUUAUUAUAUUCAUUAAUGUAUUGCUUGUCAACCUUUUCAGGAAUGAAAGGAUUAUAAAUAAUGAACAUCUCAAUGUACAUGACAUUAAGAAGAACUCUAAUUUUAUUUGUGUUCAUGAUGUAAAAGAAUUGGAAGAUUUCUAAUUUUAUGUCUGUAAUCUUUAUAACUCUUGGAGCAAUAAUAGCUGGUACUAUACAUAUGUAAUAUUUAAAGGUUAAGAACAUUUAGAUGUAAACUAUUUAGGUUAUGGACUAAUUCUUUUAAAUAACGUUUUCAAUGCUCUUGCUUUACAUAAAUCGAAAUAAUUGAAUUAUGAAAAAUAAAUCGAUCCUCUAGAAUUACUCUUUUAAAAUUCUUGUAAUUAAAUUCCAUUUUUAUUUAUUGGAGCAUAUGCAAGCAAAGAAUUGCAUGAUUUUAUGAAUUCUUAGUACUUAAAUGAAAAAUUCUUCAUUGCAUUUACAUUAAUUUCAUUGAUGGGAUUCAUGUUGUGUUAUUCAACCAAUUUAUGCAAUAUGUACAAUUCUCCAAUUGCUAUUGCAAUAACUCAUAAUAUUAAAGAUAUUUUAAUUACUUCCUACUCUUUCUUUUUCUUAAAAGAAGAAUAUGACUUUUAAAUUCUUGCUGGAAUCAUUGUUAGCUAUUUUGGAUCAAUUUUGUAUUCUAUUUAAAAAGUUAAAGAAAUAAAAUCCAUAUAUUUACCACUCUCUUAAAAUGAAAAAGAAGAAAAACAUGAUUGA